CCCUGGUUUCUGAAACAGAGAGUUCACCGACUCUCUGUUUACACGGUCUCUAGGUCGUGCUACACGUUCUUGAUAUUAUAUCAACAACAAUACAGGUCAAACGUAGCAUAUGUAACCUGUGGUUACUAAUAACGUAUCGGUUGUGGGCAUUGUGACGGCCAGUCUUUGUUGUAAGCAGUUUCCAUGCGCUAUCGUAUUAGCAGGGUCUUAGUAGUACUUGGCCUGAGCACGGGCUGUCAAAUCUGCUGUGGUUAUAACGGGGUGUGGGUUAUAUCUGCAGCAGUUUUUAUACUUGGUUUUUAAGAUAAACUGACUGGCAACAGCGUCAAUUUGAUAAGAAUUACGAGUGUAGGGUUGUAGCACCACAGCAAUGGGGUGUGGAGCGUCUAAAACCACAGCCGAUGAAAAUGCUGGGCGACAGCUCACUCAUUAUCAAAAGGCAGAGCAAAGACGAGAUCAGCAAAAACAACAACAACAACAACAGCAGCAGCAACAACAACAACAACAGCAGCAGCAACAACAACAGCAACAACAACAACAACCCCUGACCACCACUUCUGACACGGCUGUUGUCAAAAAUGACGUGGGAUCUUUACCGGUGACGGUAGGGAACAUUUCGACGUCAAACGAGAGCGGGUCCCCGCCCGAACCCUGUCCACCAGCCACCAAGAAGAAUGAGUACAUCCCAGAUUUGACUAUAUUCAAUACCAUUGAUCAACAUGCACUACAGGCACCGGAGUCAGCAGCUGACUCCAUGGAAAGCUUGGUCAAGUAUUUGAUACCGGUGUGUUCUCACAACUUGGAGAAGGCGCGUGUUUUGUUCCGAUGGAUCAGCAACAAUAUCCAGUAUGACGGGGAGGGUUUCAAAAACGGUGUUUCAGGCGAUGAAAAUUGUUCAGCCGAGGGCGCGUUGAAGGGGAGACGUGCAGUGUGCACUGGAUAUGCCAAGUUGUAUCAGGCCAUGUGCAGAAUUGCAGAUAUCCCUUGCGAGGUGAUAUCGGGAUACGCCAAGGGUUUCGGCAGUACUCCAGACGACCAACUCGAGGGUAAAGACACCAACCACGCCUGGAACGCCAUCUAUCUGGAUAACGCCUGGCGUCUGGUGGACUGUACCUGGGCCACGGGGAAUCUCAGCGGGGACUAUCAGUUUACGUUUAAGUUCCAAGAGUUUUACUUCCUAACGGAUCCGGAGGCAUUUGUAUACAGCCAUUUCCCACACGAGAAGACCAGAAGCAACAGCGACGACUGGCAGCUACUUGCUUCUCCAUGGACCUUGACACAAUUUCAAGAAUCUCCAAUGCUGAAACCGUCAUUCUUUGACCUUGGCAUUGACCCCGCGAGCAUGUCACACCACAAGGCUGUCGUGGAGUUUGAGGGUCCCAUUGAAUUUUGUUUCAAGGCCGACAGGGCUCUGGUCCUCAUGUGUACUCUCGUUGAUAAAGCCUCUGGACAGGACUAUAAACAGUUCACGUGUUGUUACAUGGACCAGGAGGACUUUAAACACGCAACGGUCUUGAUAAACCCACCCUCUCCCGGAGAUUAUAAAUUGACUUUGUUUGCCAAAGAGGUGGACAAGGAUGGCCAAUACGGUUGGAUGGGAGAAUUCCUUUUGAGAUGCACAUCCGUUGUGGCUAACACCAAAGGGCCUUUCCCAACAAGUUUUGUUUGGGGUCUCACCGCCAAGGGGAUAAACAUGGGAUUGACAUUUAAAGGAACCAAGCCAAUCGUAAUACCAGACAACUCGGGCAUUGCAAAACUGGAGUUUAAAUCCAAUAAGAACGUGCCCCUGUUAACUACGUUUUCUGUGAAGUCGGCUGAAAAUUCGGUAGUGGAUAACGGUGGAAUGAGAACCGAAACCGAAGACGGCUUUGCGUAUCUUGCAGCGGUUCCUGCUGCAGAGUAUUAUAAGUUCACCCUUUUUGCCAAACCAGCCGACGACCAGGGAGGUGCCUCUUACGAGCAUGUCGGCGAUUUUCUGAUUGAUAGCAAUGUCACGCCUACAACGCCAGCGACAUUUCCAGAUACCUACACAGCGUUCAAUGAAUGUCAACUCCUCGAGCCAAUGACAGGUCAAUUACCUGCAGAUUCUGAAGUAAAGUUCAGAAUCCGUGUUCCAAACACGGAAGACGUCGCCGUGGUUGCAGGGAAUAAUUGGAACCAUCUGGAAAAGGGGGCAGACGACAUCUGGGAGGGAACUCUUCAGACAGCUGGCGUCAAAGGAGAUGUCAGCGUUUACAAGAAAACGGAUUCUUCCUUCACGGGCUUACUCAAAUACACCGUUGCUUAAACGUUGUGACAUUUAUUUUUAAAGAGAGUAAAUGCGUACGAAUAUGACAUACGUUUCUUAUAAUUAAAACACAAGCGCCAGUUUUUAAACACAUAUGCAGCUUUUUAACCAUGGUCGUAUUAUUACAUUUUUUGUGCAUUUAAACCUUUGCCCUUUUGACAACGACCCUGUCAUCUUGGGUUACAAACUGUGAUAUUUUGGUGGUGACAACUGAGUUUACAUGUGAUAUUGCCGAUAUUGGCGUAUAUGCUCUUAAGUAUAUUAACUGACAGUACUAGCCAGCGUGGUGUUCCUUUUGACACUAUUUAUAGAGUAUUUUACUGCUUUAUUACAUUCUUGCCCGAAUUUAUGAUUAUUGAGCUGUCACUACUAUUUCCCUAUUGGAUGUGAAAUGCCCUUAGCAGAUCACUGUGAUAGCGUGGGUAAUUAUCAAACUAAAAGUACUACAAAUACAUGACAUGACUGCGAAUAUUAUUGUGUACCAGGGUAUGAGGGUGAGAAAGGGGAAACCAGAAACAAGUGUCGUUUUUAGAAAAACGAUUCUGAGAAGCCAGAAUCGUUUUUGAGGAGGGAAACAGGAGUGGACGGAGGGAGAGGCGACUGACGAUUAGCGUCUACCGCGACCAGGUAUUUUACUCAGUUUUUAUGUUUGUUUAAUUCCUGCAGGUAAAAUAUCAAUUCUGUAUAGUUUACCAAUGAAUGUAACA